UUUUCUUUAUAAAUAUGUCUGGAAAUAAUAAGUCUUCCAGUCACAGUAGAAUUGAGCCAAGUUUCUUCGGAUCUUCUUCUCAAAGGAAAAAGUUAGAUACAACUUCUGAUGCUGCUAUUCCAACAGAGAAUCCUUAUUGGCAUUCUCCUCCCCCUUAUCUACCAAUGUUACCAUCUACAACUGAAUCACUUCCAAGUGCGCCACCCUUAAUAGAAACACAUUUAUCCACGGCAAAUAAUAGUAUUUAUCCACCUCCAGGAUAUAACCAGCAAGUUUCUACUAUUACUUCUCCUCUUGUUAGUUAUCCACAUUAUGGUGCUGUUGUUGAUUCUUCACCACCCUCAAAUCCAAUCAAUCAUAAUUGGCCUUGGAGAAUUAUUCAACCCAACCUAACAAAUGAUAAUACAAUAAUACCACUUCCGCCUCCACAACAACAACAAUCAUGUCAUAAUAAUGGCAAAGGGCAAAAAUUGUAUUGUCUUGAAAGGUUAACACGUAUCUUGUUUUAUUUUAUUGGCUUUUUUGCUUUACUUUACUUCUUUGUAUUGCCUAUCUUUUAUACAAAGAAUGCUUCUUGUUGGAACAGUACUGAUCGACAAGAAUUUACAAAACAAUUUGAAUAUGAUAGUCAUGGUCUGAGUAUUCGGGUUAUAGGGGGACGACUUUCAAAGGGACAUAUUAGACUAGAAAGAAUGACAGAUGGUGAAGACAAAGGGUUGGUUAGAUCGAUUGCUUCCAUUUCUCAAAGGAAUGCUGUAUCAAGUUCUUCUAAAGUAACAUAUAAUUUAAUAAAUCAUACAAAUGGAAGUACAUCACUUGAGAUUUAUCUUCCUCAUUCAAGUCUCUCAUCAUGUGUUAGCUUGGAUACCAUUAUCUAUAUACCAAAUGAAGGGAAGAUACAGUUUUUACGAAUCGACGUUCCAAAUACAUACAUCGAAGCCUCUGAUGAGCAUUUAUUAUCUGAAAUAGAUCAUCUAUCAUUAAAGUCAACCAAUAACGCUAUCCGAUUUAAUUCAAGUUGGAAGGGCAAGAGGUUUGAACUUGAGACAACGAAUAGUCCUAUUGAGAUAGAUCAAUCACUUGUAGCAUCGGAUUCUAUUCACAUCUCGACUACAAAUGGUUUCAUACGAUUUAAAAAGCUUAUAAGGGCAACUCAUCUCAUAUCAGUUCUUACUACGAAUUCAAAUAUUGAUAUUGAAGCUUUAAUUGAAUCAAGAGGGGAGUUAAGGGCAAUCACAACGAAUGGACAUGUCCUGAUUGAGGCCAUCAUUGCAGACUAUGCAGAUAUAAGGUCAACGAAUAAACAAAUCAAAGUCAAUUCUACGAAUGUAACUUCAAUUUUAAAUAUUCAAACUACUAAUAGCCCUUUGCAUUUCUAUAUGAAUCAAGAUCAUCAUACUGAAGUGAUUGCACAGACUACAAAUAAUGAAAUACAUGCUUAUAUGACGUCUGAUUUCGAGGGCCUUGUUGAAGUAAAAACAAGUAGAUCAAAUAAGAUUAAAUUAAUUGAUCCUUUAGGAUGGACAAGCAUAAACUUUGUUGAUAAAGGUCACUUGAUGGGUUCUCGAUACAGACCAGCAGCAAUAGAAAAGAUGGAUUCAACAAAGAAGGGCGAUCUUAAAGUCAAAACUACAAAUGCAAAUGCAAAUGUCUUUUUUUUUUUUUAAAGAACAAAAAUAAAAUAAG